CUGAGCGGAAUAACAACAACAACAGCAGCAGUACCUGAAUGUCAAAUCAUCAAAAUUGAUGCGCCACAGUGAUGCGUCUCGCGACAUUACCGCCAUAGAGAAGACCAAGUACCUGAGUGACAUUCCCGCCGUCUGUGUACAGUGCCCAACCUGUGCCACACUCUAUAGACUUGUGCCAUCUCUGCCACAGACCAGAGGGCCAGACUCUGCCAUAGACCCGGGGACCAGACCCUGCCACAGACAGGGGACCAGACUCUCCCAUAGAUCAGAAGACCAGACCCUGCCACAGACCAGAGGACCAGACCCUGCCACAGACCAGAGGACCAGACCCUGCCACAGACCAAAGUGCCAAAUCUAUACUUAGGACCAGAGUCCUAAGACCUGCACCUAAGACCAGAGUACAACACACACACAAACCAAAAAUGGGAGCAGAAACCAGCAAGACUAUCCGAAAGGAAUAUUUUACUGGAGAAGAGCGUCAGCGUGUUCUGCGUACCAUACAAAAACUUGCCAAAGGGGGUGAUACUGUGGCUAUUGCUGCAUUAGAGAAAUAUAUCUCCAGUCACCUUAAUGCAGAAAUGACGACAAAAUUUGUCGGAAUUUUAACGAAAAACAGAAGUGUUCCAUCCUUGCCAUGUUCAGCAGUAGUGGACAGCUUAGGACCUCUUCUUAAAGGCUCAAUGGAAGAGCACCUGUUCUUGACCCUAACAUUAGCUGGUGGAGGCCAAGAAGGAGUAGACUGUGAUCGUAUUAUUAAGUAUACUGAGGUAAUUGUGUGUGCAUACCUGCGUAUGAUAACCAGUCAGCCUGGAUACAGAGGGUGGAAGUCAUCAGCAAGUACUGAAGCAGCUGUAUCACAAGCCUUAUUACAUGAUUUGAUGCAUGCUGGUGAGAGUCCUAAGGAGGUAUGGGGCAAGCCUCCUCCUAAAGUUCGAUUUUCUUAUGACAACUUUGAAAAGUGGUGCUUGGGUCACUCGAUCUUUACCACACUGGAGACAGAAGUUCUCAAGAAUUGCUUCUCCCUCUCUCCUAUUGACUAUAAUGCACUCAUGCCUCAACCUACUCAACUUCCUAAGUCAUUUCCUUGCAUGUUGACUGCUGCCCAAGUACUCUUCCUCAACAAUGCCCUGCCACCGCUCAUGCAAUCAGAGUGGAGAUUCUUGUUUUCUACAGUCACGCAUGGGUGGAGCUUCAGUAUAUUUAUGAAGCAGAUUAUGGGAAAAGGUCCCACACUCAUCAUAGUGGAGGAUCAGUCAAGAAAUAAAUUUGGAGGUUUUGCAGCAGUAUCAUGGGAGGUCAGACCACAGUUUCAGGGUACACCUGAAUGCUUUUUGUUUGCAUUGGAGCCUCAGGCAGGAAUCUUCCACAGCACAGGCUAUAAUAAGAACUUUAUGUAUUUAAAUUACUUGGAGAAAAAUACAAUGCCCAAUGGACUGGGCAUGGGAGGCCGAGAGGAAUUAUUUGGAUUUUGGCUCGACUAUGACUUUGGUAAAGGGUCAGUGGCACCUUCAUGUUCCACCUUUCGCAGCCCUUCACUUUCCCCUCACCAGAAGCUGGAGGUGCGUGGUAUAGAGGUCUGGGCACUAGGACCUGAGGAAGAGGACUCGGAUGAAGAGGAAGGAACCCGAAAGAAGAAAAGUGCAUUAGAUGCACAUCCUGAGGCCCGAGCCAUGUUGGACAUUAUGGGCAAAGAGAGAGUUAGUGAGGGCCUUAGGGAAAAACCAGAUGAUUCAGACUAAAAUGUUGAGACUAUAUUGGGUGUUGAACAAGAAUCUAAAGUAUAAGUAAAAUGAUGUUAAUAGUUUUUGUCAUGGGAGCAGCUUUCAAACUGCUAGAUAGAGGUAGAGCAUACUGCUGUCAUCUCUGGAUUUAUUUACCGUAUAUAUAUUAUUUCUUAGAUUCUCUUUAACUGUAUCCUCAACUGAGUUGUCUACGUGUCUCAUAAAAAUAUCACGUAGUCGAAUGGAUAUUUCAUACACGUGCAAAGUGAGGCAUACAUGUGGCACAAAAAUUACACAUAGGCACAAGGUUAUGUACUUUUGUGGUAUAAGAUAAUAUUUACAGUAAGGCCUGAAUAUUUGAUGAGUACAUUUCUGUAAACCAUCUAUAAAUGUAAAAUUCACACAGUUGAAUUAAAAAUUGCAGUACUGUAGUGUAUUGAGAAUGUGUUCCAGAGAUCUCAAAGAAAUUUUCUGUCUGAACUAUCACAUUCUGUUACCCUUUAUGUCAAGAUUCACAGUGUGCAUUAUGCAGAUCAUGAGUUGUCAAACAGGACAACAUUUGUACACCAGCACCUCAUGGUAUUUUAAAUCAUCCAUACAGGGGUCACAAUAUGGUCAAGAAUGUCAAACAGAAGUGCAUUCAUAAAAGCUCAAAACAUUCCAAAUCCUCUCUCGGCUGUGCAGAAUUGAGAACUAAAUUGCAGGAAUCAAAGAGAAAAGUUUAAGUCAAAUACUUGUGAUGCCUUGUGUUGGUAACAUGUGGGAAAGUGGAGUCUUCUGCUUUCAUCCUAAGAUAUAAAUAUGUCCUUGAUGAGAAAACCAGAAGGAGCAAUGUCCUCAAUACCAAUCUGUUCAGCAGGUGGAGUCAUUUUGAAAAGAGAGCCACAAAUGAGACAGGAAUAAUAUCAAAGGCAAAAUUAGCAAUGCUCAAGAAAGUGCAGAGAUUUUAUGGCAGACUUACUUUAGAAGCAGCACUAUAUAAAGGAGACGUGUUGGCGUGAUGUCAUCACAAAGCCGAAUACAUAGGAUUCGUGUACAUGUGACUACCGUAUUGAUCACAGUAAAUGCCUGGACUUCAUUUCCAAGAGAUGGACCUACACCCCUCAGUCAUGUGCAGAGUUGCCAGUAUGGGAAACUGGAGGAAUGCCUGAAAGAGGGCAUUCCUCAACAUUUGUCACUACUAUAUAUUAAAAAAAAAACGUGAUGGAUCUGCCAUCAAUCCUCAUAACAGUAUGUUCUUUUAACCCAGAAGGAGGGUGUGCAAGAAUGGCUAGGCAGUUUAGAAGGGGUGUAAACAAGGAAAAAAAAGGUUAAGUAUCGCUGCUUUAGAGAAAUGUCUGACAUUACUAGGAUGCUACUCUCUCCUCGUGAGUCUGCCAGUCUUGUGCUCAUUCAUAACUCCAAACAUGUUGUUCCUCAGCAAUGUAGAUGUUGUAGACAUAACCUCAAUGUUGUUUAUGUUGUGUGUAUCACAAUUAUUAUAAUAAUAAUUUACCGUGUCAGGAGACGGGUAGCCAGCGUAUAUAUAUAAAGUACAUGUUAUGCUUAUGUUGAGGUCUGUUCAAGGUCAAAUUACUGAUUCUCCCCAGGAUGCAACCCCACAACAAGCUGACUAACUGUUGGGUACCAAUUUACUGCUAGGUGAACAUGGGCAUUAGAUGAUAGAAAAUGCACCAAUAUAUUUGUCCUGCCCGGGAUUCGAACUCGGAAUUCCCAAUUAUGAGUCGAGAAAGAACCUGACUGUACUACUAGUGUCAAGCUCUAAACAGUGUAGCUUGUAUUGUUUUAUGUGAAAGUGUACUGUACUUGGAAUAUUAAAAUGUAUACUUGUGAUAUGCGAGUGCAUAUUUGGUAAGUGUAACUGUAUACCUGGUGUAUAUUAAUGUAUAUUUGGUAUGUGCAAGGGCAUAUAAGUGUGUACUUGCAGACAUCGAGUCACAAUAACACGGCUAAAGAUAUGAUAUCCAAAGCAGACGUCGGAAAACAAGGAAACGACGAUGUUUCAAUCUGUCCUGGACCAUUAUCAUGUCAUGAUAAUUACACAAGUUGAUAAUGGUCCAGGGUGGACUCUAACUUCAUUAUUUCUUCAUUUUCUAAUGUCUUUUUUGGACAUCAAAUGUAUACUUGGUAUAUACAAGUGUGUACUUGGUUUAUACAACUGUGUGCUUGUAUACUAGUGUAUGUAGAGUGUGUACUUGGUGUAUGUAGUGUAUGCUUGGCAUACAGUACAGUAUAUGAAUGUAUUCCAGGCAAAAGUGAGUUUAUACUGUUCUUGGUAUAUGUAACUGUAUACUUAUAUGUAAGUGUAUACUUGGAGUUGGCAAGUCAUGGGGGGAAAUAUGAAUACUGCUGAGGUAGUUUUUAUUUAUUAGUGAAGAUGUGAAGACAUUACAGUACAAUGUAAACUCAAGUUAACUUCAAAGUAUCAAAGGUGCAUCUCUAGUGGUUUUGUCUUUUGUAUAUAAAUUCUCAGAGGUGUGAUCAUUAUAAGUUCAAGCUGCAUUGUUGUUCAGACCAGGCUUGUCCGUGGGAACUCUUUGUAACGACAUGUUCUGAAUAAAGCAUUUUUAUUGCA